CUAAUCAGAGAAAUUGGUGGCAUAAAUUUAAAGAAGAAUGAGCCUCCACUCACAUGCCCUUACAGCCUGAAAGCCAGAGUUCUGCUGUUGACUCAUCUUGCCAGGAUGAAAGUUCCUGAGGUCCUUGAAGAAGAUCAGCAGUUUAUCCUGAAAAAGAGUCCUGCACUACUUCAAGAAAUGAUUAAUGUGAUCUGCCAACUAAUAAUAAUGGCUCGAAGCCGAGAAGAAAGGGAGUUCCGUGCUCCAUCUUUGGGAUCUUUGGAAAAUUGCAUGAAGCUGUCACAGAUGACUGUCCAGGGACUUCAGCAGUUCAAGUCUCCCCUUCUGCAACUGCCUCACAUUGAAGAGGAUAAUCUCAGGCGUGUCUCCAAUCACAAAAAGUAUAAAAUCAAAAGUAUUCAGGAUUUGGUGAGUUUGAAAGGUUCUGAUCGUCGCAAUUUACUGCACUUCCUAGAAGACAAGAAAUAUGAUGAAGUUAUGGCUGUCCUUGGCAGCUUUCCGUAUGUCACUAUGGAUAUAAAACCACAGGUUUUGGAUGACGAAGACAGCAACAAUAUUACAGUAGGUUCUCUCGUCACUGUUUUGGUCACACUAACAAGACAGACCAUGGCAGAAGUUUUUGAAAAGGAACAGUCUAUAUGUGCAGCAGAAGAGCAACCAACAGAAGAUGGGCAAGGAGAUGUCAACAAAGUUAAGAGCAAAGGAUGGCAGCAAAAGAAUAAAGGAACCAAGAAAGCUUCAAAGUCAAAGAAAAAGAAGCCACUAAAAAAGAAACCUGUGCCACCUUCAUUGCAGCCGCCGAAACAGCAGAAGCAAAAACAAGCUAAUGGGGAAGUAGUUGCGAAGGAAGAGGAGGAGGAGAUCUCUGACAAAGGAAGUGAAUCUGAAGAAGAAGAAACAAACAGGGACUCUCAAAGUGAAAAAGAUGAUGGAAGUGACAGAGACUCUGACAGAGAACAAGAUGAGAAGCAAAACAAAGAUGAUGAAGCUGAGUGGCAAGAAUUACAGCAGAGUAUACAGAGAAAGGAACGAGCCCUUCUUGAAACGAAGUCAAAGAUAACGCAUCCUGUUUACAGUCUGUUUUUUCCUGAGGAAAAGCAAGAAUGGUGGUGGCUGUAUAUUGCAGAUCGGAAGGAGCAGAUGCUAAUAUGUAUGCCAUAUCACGUUUGUACACUAAAAGACAAAGAAGAGGUAGAGCUGAAGUUCCCAGCACCAGGCAAGCCUGGAAACUAUCAGUACACAGUCUAUUUAAGAUCGGAUUCAUACAUGGGAUUGGACCAGAUUAAACCCUUGAAGCUGGAAGUUCAUGAAGCAAAACCAGUGCCAGAAAACCACCCGCAGUGGGAUACGGCAAUAGAAGGUGAUGAGGACCAGGAAGACAGCGAGGGCUUCGAAGACAGUUUUGAGGAGGAAGAGGAAGAGGAGGAGGAUGAUGAUUAAACAAUGCUAUUGAUCGACUACAAUAUCUGCCAACUCUUGGUCUGACUGUGGAACUGUACAAUAACCAAGAAACACAGUACAGAAGCUUCGAGAAGGCUGAGUUUAAUUUUCCUUUACCAAUUAAGAGUGCAUUAUGUAACUUCUCCGUGGAGGUAAAACGAAUCUGUUGCCAUUGAUACACCUUGGAAUACGCUUACGGCUCGUGACAGCCUUCAAGUGCAGGAUGGUGCGUUUUGUUCCAAUUGAAAAUAAAAGCUUUUUUUAUUAUAAAUGUCCGAAAGCGUGGGCUAUGUAUUGUCUGAUCAGUUUAGGGUCCAGUUUAAAGAAAAGGUACUGUUAGCUAGGAGCAACCUUUACAUCGAUUUUGCUGCCUUAGGAAUUUAUUUUAGAGAACGUUUUGGUAUAUUUGACAUAACAAAUCUCUGCUGAUUGAAACAGCACCUACUCGACUCUCCAGCCUGGUUGGUUCUGUGCUAUUCAUUAAAUAUUUUGCUGUGAUCCUGCUCACAUCAUAUUCAUAGCUUUUAAAAAUCUCUUUCACUUAACUGGAUCGUUACAAAUCGGCAUCGUACCCAUCGCCACGUUCCGUGUAUUCUGGAGGGCUGCUUUUUCUAGGACUGUUGCCUUUUUAUGCCCAAGAUUAUAACAGAAAUCAUAAACUUUCUUGACUCUGCCGUAGGAUACUUAUUAGUGGCUUAAAACAUUUUUAAGCCUUUAUUCCGUCAGAUCAGCAACCGAUCUGGGUCUUUUGAUAAAAUGUCUGAAAGCAGUUUUGGGACCACGUGUUACGUAAGUUGGUGGCUUUUGUGUAACACCUUUAUAAGAGGUACAUGCUGAAAGCCGAGGUACGUUCGUAACUCUGAAUCGACCCGACGCUGUCGGAAACAUUUUAAGGGUAAAAUAAAAUACGACAUGCGAAAGAGGGCAUGUUUUGUAUCAGUUUUGAAUUCCCAUCAAUAAACUGGACAAUUUGAUGGC